GUGACUGUAAAACUGUUUACUGUCAACUUGUCGACUUGUUAAAAAAUUAAAACUGAUUGUGAUAUCAUAACAACGAAAUUUACGUAUAAAGUUAAAUAGGAAAAAUUCUAAAUAAAAAAACAAAAAUUAACAAUAUAAGUUCCAGUACAAUGUCUGAAGGUAAAAGUAAAUUUUUAAGUAAGGUGCUGGUAGUGUCUGCCGGAUUGGGAUUGUUAUACAUAAUAUCACGAAAUAGACGUAAAAUUUUUUCAAUUUUUAACAAACACGGACACCCACUAUAUGGCCAAAGAAUUGAAUUAGUUGAUUCUGUAGAAAAAUGUGAUGCUGUAGUUGCAGAUUUAAAAAAGCAAUGCAUUAAGAAUCCGGUUUUAGGAUUUGACUGUGAGUGGAUUACCGUAAAUGGCAAACGCAGACCUGUAGCCUUAUUGCAGUUGGCAACAGACAAUGGUUUAUGCGCCCUGUUUCGCCUGUGUCAUCUUCGUCCCAUACCAGUAUGUUUACGUGAAUUGUUACUAAAUGAUCGUAUUCUAAAAGUUGGUGUGGAUUCGCAUGAAGAUGCCAAAAAGUUGGCUUUUGACUAUUCUCUUUGUGUAUCGGGUACAUACGAUCUGCGCUUCUUAGCAAAGGAAAACGGAUAUAAAGCAGAAGGUUUAGCGAAAUUAGCUAAAAGUCAUCUCAAUGUGGUACUUGACAAAAAUUGGCGCCUAUCUUGCUCAAACUGGGAGGCAGUAGAGUUGACUUCGGCGCAGUUAAACUAUGCCGCCAAUGAUGCACUAGUUGCUGUCAAAAUAUUCAAUAAACUCUUUUCACAAUUAAAGAAAACAUGGUACGAAAGGACCGACUACAUGGCCAUACAUCAACUUUUAGAAUACCAAAUUGAUACACGGUUCAAUGCUAAACUUGAAAACCGGCGAAAAUGCUCGCCCAUAACUGAUACAGCAGAAAAAGGUAAUCAAAUAAAGCGUAAAACGUAUACUGGCAUACGUGCUAGUAAUUUAUAUGAUAAUACACAGUUACAAGCACCCGACGGAGAACUGUUAGGAGUGAUUGACUACAAAAAAGCCAAAUGGUAUAUAGACAAUGGUUUAGCUAUUGAAAUUGCAACAAAUCCAUAUAUUGCGCGUCUUAACUUCGAACCCGCAGCUCGUCCAGUUGGUAGUGUAGGUCAGUAUUAUAAAAUAUCUAAAGAUAAUCAGUGUGUUGUGUGUGGUAAAACAGACACAUUUGUACGCAAAAAUGUUGUGCCACGUGAAUACAGAAAACACUUCCCUGAUGUCAUGAAAUCGCAUAGUUCACAUGAUGUUCUAUUGCUAUGUCCGCAAUGCCAUGAAAAGAGUAACAUAUCUGAUCUAGCCAUACGCACUUAUUUAGCCAAUCUAUGCGAUGCUCCAAUCUCCCAUAAUAACACAGCUAUUAAAUCUUUUGAAAUACCAAAACUAAAAUCAGUGAAAUCUGCCGGACGCGCAAUUUUAAAUCAUUCAGAGAAGCUACCAGAAGCGCGAAAAAAUGAACUGCUUGAAGUUUUAAAAAAUUAUUUUAGUUGUGAUAACAUUGACGAGGAUCAAUUGCUAAUAGCUUCUGAAUUAAAUACAAAUCUUGAUAACCCAGAUUAUUGUCAACAUGGUGAAAAGGUAGUAGAAAAAUAUUGUAAUGAAUUAGGCGGCUUGGUUACACUUGAAAAAUUAUGGCGUGAACACUUCUUAAAAACAAUGGAACCGAGAUAUUUACCGGAACUUUGGGAUGUAAAUCAUAACGCAAAUCGUUUAGAAAUUCGUGCUCAGGAAGGUCGUCUAAAUGAAAUAGAUAUGUUAAAAGCUGGCAUUAAAAACUCAAGCUCUAAUGAGAAAAACCACUAACAAAAUUCUGGACUCUUAUUAUUUUAAAAUAGUAUAAACACAUCUUUAGUACAAAAUCAAUAGCUUUAAUAAUUUUGUUUUAAUU